AUGUUAGAAGAACGCCGCCGUCAUCACGCUGUUACGGUACCCCUUUUCCAGGUGGGAGCCUGUGCUCUAGCUCGAAUAGGAAAUCGCCAGCAAUUCGCUUGUGUACGAGUAAAGCCGACAAGUGAGGAUGCUUGCAAAGUUGAUCGACGUCAUGAUGAGGUGGUGGUGAGUCGAAAAUUUCUCGCUUUCUUCUUUUUUUGCUUCAUAAGAUGUAUUCUAUAGAG